AUGAGUUGUUUUGCCAAAGUUAAGUGCUUUUUAGCCUGUAUCGUGUUAUAUUACAUUUCAUACUUGUACAAUUACAAAUGUCCAACUUUAACUCCAUUGCAAGAAGGUGUUGAAACCAUUUUACAUCCAUUACAUUCCCACCAUUCAGUCUUGUGUGAUUACUUACACACUGGUAUUAACACUGUUGAACCUUACACUGCUAAAGUUCAUGGAUUUUUAGAUGAUCAUGUUCAUUCUCACCCAUUGUUUAUUGAAUACAAAGUUGAGGAUAAAUUAACCUGUGCUAAGAAUCAAUUUUCUACUUAUGUUUACCCUUACAUCCAUCAAUUGUAUCAAUUCACUGAUGCUGCCGAAGUUCAUGCUCACGAGCAUUUGAGUCAAGUUUAUGAUAAAGUUCAAAAAACUUUGAAGAAGGAUUAA